GUUACAAAAAUUACACCUUUGUGACAGUCUUUGGAAACUUGUACCAGGCUCAGCUCGGUGGAGUCCCAGGCACCUACCAGCUGGUGCACAGCUUCUUGAACAUCAAGCUCCCGGCGCCCGUCCCUGGUCUCCAGGAUGGUGAGGUGGAAGGCCAUCCUGUCUGGGCGUUGAUUUACUACUGCAUCCGCUGUGGGGAUUUGACUGCAGCCAUGCACGUGGUGAAACGGGCACAGCACCAGCUGGGAGAGUUUAAAACCUGGUUCCAGGAGUACAUGCACAGUAAAGACAGGAGACUGUCCCCUGCCACGGAAAAUAAACUGCGUCUUCAUUAUAGGCGAGCUCUGAGAAAUAACACUGACCCGUACAAAAGGGCUGUUUAUUGCAUUAUUGGCCGUUGUGACAUUACAGAUAACCAGAGUGAAGUUGCUGAUAAAACAGAAGAUUAUCUUUGGCUAAAACUGAACCAAGUGUGUUUUGAUGACGAUGGUGUGAGUUCCCCACAAGACCGACUAACGUUAUCCCAGUUCCAGAAGCAGCUGCUAGAAGAUUAUGGUGAAUCCCAUUUUGCAGUGAACCAGCAGCCUUUCCUCUACUUCCAAGUAUUGUUCUUGACAGCACAGUUUGAAGCUGCAAUUGCUUUUCUCUUCCGGACAGAGCGCUUGCGUUGUCAUGCUGUUCAUGUUGCGUUGGUCUUGUUUGAGUUAAAAUUGCUCCUGAAAUCGUCUGGGCAGAGUGCACAGCUGUUAAGCCACGAGGCCGGUGACCCUCCUGGCGUCAGGCGUCUAAAUUUUGUGCGGCUUUUGAUGCUUUACACCCGUAAGUUUGAAUCAACGGAUCCCAGGGAAGCUCUGCAGUAUUUUUACUUCCUCAGGAAUGAGAAGGACAGCCAAGGAGAGAAUAUGUUCUUGCGUUGUGUUAGCGAACUGGUCAUUGAAAGCAGAGAGUUUGACAUGAUUCUUGGAAAGCUGGAAAACGAUGGUAGCAGGAAGCCUGGAGUGAUAGACAAGUUUACAAGUGACACAAAACCCAUCAUUAACAAAGUGGCUUCUGCAGCAGAAAAUAAAGGGUUAUUUGAAGAAGCUGCAAAACUCUAUGAGCUUGCAAAGAACCCUGACAAAGUUUUAGAGCUGAUGAACAAGCUCCUCAGUCCCGUCGUUCCCCAGAUCGGCACUCCCCAGUCGAACAAAGAGCGGCUGAAGAACAUGGCCCAUUCCAUUGCUGAGAGGUACAAAGCUCAGGGGAUAAGUGCAAAGAAAUCCAUUGACUCCACGUUCUACCUUCUGCUAGACUUGAUCACGUUUUUUGAUGAAUAUCACGCCGGUCACAUUGACAGGGCCUUUGAUAUUAUUGAACGCCUCAAGCUUGUACCUCUAAGCCAAGAUUGCGUAAAGGAGAGAGUUGCUGCCUUCCGGAAUUUCACCGAUGAAAUCAGGCACAAUUUAUCUGAGGUCCUGCUUGCAACCAUGAAUAUUUUAUUCACCCAGUAUAAGAGGAUGAAAGGCACGAGCCCAGCCACUCCUGCCAGACCUCAGCGGGUAAUGGAAGACAGAGAUUCGCAACUUCGCUCUCAAGCUCGCGCCCUGAUAACGUUUGCUGGAAUGAUCCCGUACAGAACGUCGGGAGACACGAACGCAAGACUGGUGCAAAUGGAGGUGCUCAUGAAUUAGCACAGCAGCUUUUGCGCAGGGCCGCAGCAGCCCGAGCCCGUCCAUAGUGCGCUCAGGGGGUGGGACCAGGAUCGGUUUGUAUUCUGUAUUUUUGUUGAUGGAAAUAAAUUUCUUUGAGUUCU